AUGGGACCACUGCGCAGCCACCCAAACUCCAGCCACCCAUCACACCACCUGAGAGUCUCUUGUUGCAGGCAUGGCAGGCACAAGGCAAAGCCCAGACCCGACCCCACCGGCAUACACACACCAGGCAGUGCGGGCACACACCACCCCAACAGCUGGGCCUGGACCCCGCCCCGCUGCGCUGCAAGGCUGUCGUUGUCACGGUUGUUGCUGCGCUGGAUUGUUUACUUUGGCGAGACACUUGACGCACGCUCUGCGCGUGCACGGAAACUCAACGCCUCUGCAACACCACCGCUUUCUUCGCCCACGAGCGGCAUCGAGUCCAUCUCAGCAUAUGUUCGCAAUAGCAACUGCAGCAGCCUCCUCGACAAUUAG